AAGAAAGUCCUCUAGCCAGUCUUACCAGGCUCUACGCUCCUCUUCCCACAUCAGUAUUCUCGAGUCGACCUCACUCCCUUGCUCGCCAUAAGCUUUGACUCCCUCUUAACUUCGAAGCCUUGAAACUGGAAAGACCUGAAGCAUCAACGGUCAGGACUGAAACUCCACAAGAAUAAAUUCGCAUCUACGAAUUAACCCCUUGAUCCUAAGCGACUUCCGAUAACAAUAGCCCGACACAAAGCAACAAUGGCUGACACCGACUCUCCUGUCGAAUCCAAGGUACGGGAAGUUCUCCACGACAUCUCAUUUUUUGAACGAUAUGAUCUCCCCGUUUCACCACCAUUUACCCCUCCAAUGAAGGGACAAGCAAAGAUGGCCGACUCCAAAGCUCCUUUCACUCCCAUGAAUCCCGCUUUGGAUAAGAUGUUCCCUAAGUCACCUCCCGAGAGCCCUCGCAACACCCUCAAGAGGAAGUUCUCGAACAAUACCCAAUCGGCACUGGCAGGUAUCUUGACUCCUCCUUCCACCCCUCCAACCAAUAUGAUGCAUUCCACUUUAGCCCGAACCAUGACUGGUAGUGAUGCGAAGAAAUUUGAUUUCACAAUGUCUCAGACCAGCAGGAGAUCCACACUUACCAGGAGGCCCACCAUCAUCACAGCUGACUUUGGUGAUAUGUCGCCAUCCCGGCGCUACUCCAGAGUAUCCAGGUCCUCGAGCUAUUCGUCUGCCGCCGGCACCCCUUGUAGCUCCAAAGACGCCUUGGCUAGAUGCAAGGAGUACGAAGCUCUCUCCACCGAGUCCCAAUACCCGAUUACCUUGCCCUCACCAUCGUACUUCGCCCGAGGUAGCACGCCCCCUCCCAACACCCCGAUGUACCCCAUCGCCGGGCUGGUCCAUUACGACGGGGAAUCCAAGCAGGCCGGCGCGCAAGGGCAAUCCUACCCAGGGCGCUCCAAUCUCGGCACCUCAUCAGCACUAGGCUUUGGAUACCCGGCACAGUACCCGACGCUGCCGGGGCCUGAGGACUUCAAGUUCCAGGAGCGCGGAAUCGAGGAUCUGGAGAAGCAGCGCGUGAGGGGGUAUGACGACGAGGACGGCGAGCGAGCGCUGAAGGACCCGGGGCACCCGGACCACAAACGGCACUGCAAACGAAACUCCAUUCUCGAUGCGCCAGUGUCCCCGGCUUCUACAUGAAUGGGCAGUGGCAGGACGGAUACCAGAAAUGUUGAAGUUGAAGAAAGAAACGACAUUUCAUUUUUUUCGAGUGUUGGGCGGCGUUUUGCAUCGCAUGCAUCAUCAGGAGUCGGGGAAGGCGUUUGGCGUACUAUCUCUCCAUUUCUCUUCCUCCUUUCUUUUCCCUUCGAAAAAGAUCAGGGCUUUCUUGCGGGACUCGCAGCUUUCAGGAGGAGACCUUCUUUUUCUCUCCCUUUUAUACAUUUCCUUUGUUACAUUUCCUAUGUAUGUAGAAUUAGGCAUUGCAUUUUCCGGAGUUAGGAUCUGGGUUGAGUCAUUUUUGUGGAGUAUGUAGGAGUUUAGGAAUUGAAAAGGGGAUCCUUCUUUUGACACUAGUCUCUCUGCGCU